GUUGUAUUCGCAAGCAUGACAUAUUGCGAUCACUUCAUUAUGAAGACUCCACUAUUUUCGAUAGCUAUAUUUGCCACACUGUUGUGCAGCAGCUUGGCUACAUUUGGUGAUAAAGCUAUACUCAAAGAGAAGGAUAUGAUGAGGAAAAUAGUAUUCGAUAAAAAGACACCUGAUGUAUUUUAUUGUCCGAUGCAGAAACCGUCUUCAAUGAACAAAAUCAUUGUCACAGCACGGCCACUGCACAAAUUGUGUGAAUACGAAGGAAAUCCUUUACCUCCAGAAUAUAAAUCGGACUGUUAUAUGGAUAUUGACGAGUCAGAUUAUGCAUGCAAGGAAAAAUAUAGAAUUAUGAAACGUUUCGCCAAAGACGAACCCUAGUAAAAUAAUCACAAAAACAAUACAACAAACCCUAACACCUUGAAUUGAAACAGCAACAACAUAUCAUACUUAAAUUAUGUAUUGUACAUUAUCAUACGCACAAUACGCUGGCGGCUUUCAGUAAUUGGAUCACACGACUAAAUACCGCAAUACAUGCUGUACUUACAAUUAUCCAUAUACAUACAUACACACAUAUACUCCAAUACCUAUAUAUAUAACUUAUACAUAUAUAUUCUGUACCUAUUACUUAUACUUAGAAAAACUUUUAUUAUACACAACACAACUAAAAAAACUAUAACAAAAUGUAUAGAAAUGAUCAUAUUUUGUAAUUAAAUAUGAUUGUGUACAAUUUAAAAAAUGAAGCUAAAUCACUAUCGAUUUAAAGAUAUUUUGUCGAAAGUGAUAUACAAAAUUGAUUUUUAAUUAGAUUCAUAUCAACUUCUAUUAUAGGUAAACAUUAGCACUUAACGCUGGUUUCUAGAAUAUGUUUUCGAAGCUAGAUGUUUAUAGCAUACAAAGAUAAUCUGAUACUGGCUUAAACUAAUAUCAUAUUACCUAUGUAUCUUAUUCAUGGGAUUAUGGUUUUGGGAUAUUCAUACCAGAAUUAAAAAAAAAAAAAAUAUUCCUUUAUUUCUUUUUAUCAAAUUUUCAUUUUUCAAUAAGAACUUUAUUAUUUGAAAAUUGUAAGUAAGUAGUGUUUCACCUAUUACUCUUCUCCAUUACAUAAGUGACUUAUUAUCUGUCUAUCUAUUUCUAUUUUCAUUUAAAUACUUUGAUUUAGAUGCGCAAAUUUCCUCCGGGCAGCGAAGAGCCGUUCAACGGUGCACGACUUAAGCGAUUCAUGAAUUUUGAUAAGCUUACCAACUGAACCCGACAUAGACGAGCAUUAAAUACUUAUACAUUAUAUGAGAGCUAAAAUAUUUCCUAACAAUAAGCUCAAAGUAAUACCGAAUUUCACUUCAAUACCGAAUCUGUCUAACACAUUAAAAAAAUUAAAACAAUUAAAAUAAAUUAUGUAUAUUUCUUGGAAUUUGAAUAAAGUGAUAUAAACAA